GGAAGGGGUUAAGGUUGGGGGGGCUGAUUGGAGGUGAUUCUACAUAGGGUUGAGGAUGUUGCUUGAGAAAACCGGGUGUAUGAUGUAUGAUUUGGAUGUACAAUAUGUGUACAAUUUGUGCGCGCGGCUACCGAGAAUUGGGGCCUGAGAUUCAUAGAAUUAUCAUGUCAUGAUAGGAUAAAAUAUCCCCCCCCCCCCCCUUCUUUGACUCCCCGGUUCACCUCCCAUGUAGGUAUAUGGCCCAAGCGUCAGCACCUUCCCCAGAGGGUACCGCACCCUGCAGGGCAUCCCGGCCCCAGCUCCCCCCCAGCGGCGCAGCACCAACCAGACCCGGCCAGCGCCCACGACACACGAGGACGCCGAGGGGGGGGGCGGUUGUCGGGGGUCGGGGGGCUUGCAGUCCCGUUCCUGUCAAGAUACGCGAGGGCCCAACCUCCCGGGGCGAAGGGCAACUUGACACUCCGAUGUCGCGCGCGACCGCCGACCGCCGACAAACCGAACCGACCGAACCGACCGACCGACCAGGAUCUUUCCUGCUCCUCCUCCUCACCGGGCUACCGGGGCACACCGGGCGCAGACACGACCCGGCCCCCUGGUGCGUCGGCAACAACAACGCCCUGUCACCCACCCACCACCCACCCACUCACCCACUCAGCAACCCCCCGAACGCGAGAGCGAGUUUCGUUCGUCGGAGCGCGAGUGUGGUUCGAACGCCACACAUCAUCGGCUCCCAUGGUUCGUCUCUGUUUCAGGGCCUGGUCCCAGUCUGCAUGUCACGAACAGGCCUGUCACUGGCUUCGUUGGAGUGCCCCCCCCCCCCCUCCCCCUUCUCAAAAGUUCCGGCCUUUCCAGGACCAGGAGGUGAGAAAGCAAAAGCAUGGUGAGAGAGCACGCUAGUGUGGGAAUGGUGGCCGGUGGCUUGUAACUCACUACUUGUAAUGUGCGAGGGGCAAAACAAAAAAAAUCCGGAUUUGCGAAUGGGAAGUGGUGGAAGUGGAAAUGGGUGGUGUGACACUCAGGGGGGCCCGAGAGACCCGGAGGUUCGGGUCAUUAUUGGUUAGGGGUAGGUACUGUGUGGUUCGGGGUGAGAAAAAUAGGAAGAAAAAAAGAACAUGGUGGCAACCCAGUCGGAUGGCUUUCUCGACACCCUUGACGGAUGGAUUGUGUACAGUAUCAUCCCUCGUCCCUUGGCAUAUUGUGCAAGCUCGCAAGACCACCCCCGAGGGAGCAGCAGCAGCCUUGUUGUUGAUUCCCCAAGUUCAGCCGCUCUGCUUUGAGGACACCUGCGUGCCGUGUGCCUGCCUGAGCUGAAGCGAGGAUCAUCGUUCCCAUUGCAGAAGUUCUACCGUAUUUGCUGGAACCAUCGCGGCUUGCCCUAUG